AUGCUCGAAGAUGCGUUUGUGAUACUUUAUAUUGAUAUCCUUGGCUAGUGGAUCUUGCUCCUUAUGCAUGAAACAUGCCAGAUCAAAGUCACAAGGUACCAACUUGUAGUUAGCAGAAUCAAUCAAUUUUAUUACCCAGAUUCUCCACCACCACCACAUGGCUGUGCAGUCUGGCACUACAAUUGAAUACAUGUUUCAUACAACAAUGUCCAAACUUUUCUUUUAUUUCAUACAACAAGGUCCAAACUAGUGUACUCAAAUUUUAACAUCGUCGCAUCUAUAUCAUUUAAGCUUGGAAGGUGAAUUAAAAAAACAUUUACUGUAGAACCACAGCCUUUUCCCUGUUCUUUAGGAUUAACAGUAGUCGGAGCAAGACCUAAUCCAAACUUGCCACCGCGCAAAGCUUUUGUUCCUCUCCAUAUAAUGAUUCUCAAUACACAGAGAACAAUCGAUGCUUUAUAUGCUUCCAACUUCACCAAAAAUAAAGAUGCUGAUGUUGGAGAAUCAGUUAGUAUGACCAAGAGGUAAUAAGAUUGUACAGAACCUUGACAAAAUAGGUUGUCAAAACUGUAAGAGUUUCUUUCCACAGAAUUUUUAUAAAUUUUAUAUAAAGUAUAUACAAGUAAGUAAAAGGAAAAGAAAUAAAAAAAGCCAUCUAUCUAUCUAACUGUGCAGCUAUACAAGAGAACAGCUAUGAAGAUAAACCCAGAAAGCUAAACCCGAACUAGGUGUUUAGAAAUAAAAACUUAGCUCUCGAAGGCACUCUGUAUAUCAAAAUCUUCUUUCUGUAAGCUUCAAACUGAAAAAAAUGAGGAUAAUGCGAAACCGCUGAUAGAUCUUGAGCAGUGGAUCUUGUUUCCAUGGCCUAAACAUGCCAGCUCCAGUCGCCGAGGCUUUAACUUUUAUUUGCAAGAGUGCCCACCAAGGAAAAUAAUUUAUAAAGGCAUGAUAAAGGUAGAUGCUAAGUUAGCGAUCUUUUACAUAAUGGCUUGAGCGUGCAAUUAUGCCAAGAUCCAUCAUACUAAACCUCCCUGCUGGUUCUUGCUGCCAAUUUUUGGAACAUGAUUAUGUGAUGGCUCAUCUCAAGGACAGUAGACACGCAAAACAAUGUACUAAACAUGAGAAGACUUAGUGUUGCCAUCUCUAUACUUCUGCCAGAUCUCAAGACAUAGCAAGCAGACAGCAUCUGGGAGAUGUAAUGGCAUGAUUCUUAGUGUCUACCAAUCAAAUGCUACUGCUUGUACAUUUCUGUAUAAAUAGGCCUCAACAGAGCAGUAGACACAUCAACCCAAAACUGUUCUUUUCUUCAACUCUCAUCACCUGCAAUACAGAGUAAAGCUUCAAGCUCAGAUAUGGCUUUCCACCAAAGAUCGAUCAGUUUGCCUUCUAGGCCUCACGCCAGUGAGACCGAAGUCGAGCUAGAGCUUCAGAGCCUGGAAGCAAGCAUCCCUUCCUCUAAUUCCAUCAGCACAAUGUGCGAUGGUCUCAGGACUCUUGCAAACAUCUACGAUGUUCUUGAAGAGAUUAUUUGCCUACCAAGCAACCAAGUUUGCUCCUCCCAGCAGAGGAGCAUGUUGGAUGGAGAAAUGGACGCUUCUCUUGAGCUGCUAGAUCUCUGCAGCGCCAUGCAAGAGAUCUUCGUCGAGAUGAAGGCCAUCAUCCAAGAGCUGCAAGUGGCCCUAAGGAAAGGGGAUGAUGCAGCUACUCGAGCCAAGAUCCAAUCCUACACCUGCUUGGUGAAGAAGUCCAAGAAUCUUUUCAAGAAGACCGCGAACAAGACUCCUGCAGAUUGUAGCAUGGUCAUGCUGUUGGCCAAGGCUAGAGAGAUCUCUGUGUCUCUGCUGGAGUCUACACUCCAUCUCUUGUCGAAGCAAAUCGAAAUGCCUAAACAGUCUCUUGUUUCCAAGGCAUUUCACAAGAAGAAGGCAGCUGUUUGCAAGGAGGAGCAAUUGUUGGGGCUAGAGUGCAGUAUCGGAGAUCUCGAGAGUGGGGCAGGACAUCUGUUCAGAAAAUUAGUCCAGAGCAGAGUUUCCCUACUCAACAUCCUUAGCUCAUAGAUACUCCCAAGUCACUCUUUUGGCGCCCUCCGAUUGGCAUCCGCCUUUUUAAGGAAUAGCUGAUCUUCAUACAAUUUUGCCAUAUGUAUACACUAUACUGUACAAAUGUACAUGAUACUACAGAAAGAGAAAGAAAAGUUUUGAUCCA